AUGGCGGACGCAGCAGCAAACGGCGGCAUGGAGCUCGAUCCCAAGUACGACAACUAUGACUUCCCCAUUGUGUCGCCGUCCGACAUCAGCGGCCACCCGGGCCACCUGACGGCCGAGCAGCAGGCCCAGGUGCACCAGCUGCGCCUGAUGCUGGAGGCCAAGGGCUUCACGAAGCGGCUAGACACGCUGACACUGCUCCGCUUCCUGCGUGCGCGCAAGUUCGAUGUCAACCUGUCUCUGCAGAUGUUUGUCGACUGCGAGGAGUGGCGGCAAAAGACAGGUCUCGAUGACCUCGUGGCCACCUGGGAGUACCCCGAGAAGGAGAAGAUCUUUGAGUACUACCCGCAGUACUACCACAAGACGGACCGGGAUGGCCGCCCUGUCUACAUCGAGGCCCUCGGCAACAUUGAUCUCACUGCUAUGUACAAGAUUACCACCUCCGAGCGCAUGCUGACCAACCUUGCCGUCGAGUACGAGCGCCUCGCCGACCCUCGCCUACCUGCCUGCUCGCGCAAGGCCGGCCACCUGCUCGAAACCUGCUGCACCAUCAUGGACAUGAAGGGCGUCGGUAUCUCUCGCGCGCCCCAGGUGUACUCUUACAUCAAGCAGGCCUCCGCCAUGUCCCAGAACUACUACCCCGAGCGCCUUGGCCGUUUCUACCUGCUUAACGCUCCCUGGGGCUUCUCGACCGUCUGGGGCAUCAUCAAGGGCUGGCUCGACCCGGUCACCGUCGCCAAGAUCCACAUUCUCGGCAGCUCCUACCAGAAGGAGCUGUUCCAGCAGGUCGCCCCCGAGAACCUCCCCAAGCAGUUCGGCGGCUCUUGCGAGUGUGAGGGCGGCUGUGGUUUCUCCGACAUGGGCCCCUGGCGUGAGGCUGAGUGGUACAGGCCCGCUUCGUGGGAGAAGAAGGAUGGCGACGCCCCUGCUGCUGCUUCUGCUGGCGCCGCCGCCGCACCAGCGGCCCCCGAGGCAACAGCGACCGAAGACAUCAAGCUGGAGGCCCCCGGUGCCAGCGCGGAGCAGGCCGCUGGCGCCAAGGAGCCGGCUGCCGCUUAG